AUGGCUCCCACGUCCCAUGGCAGGGCAGGACCUCAUGGUCGCGAGAGCUUCACAAACGGCUCCCUAGACAGCAACAAUGCGCCCCCACCUUCAACCUUGGCUGCCCAGCUGGUCGGCAAUAUCUCGACCUCCGCACGGUCUUCGCGCCCAGAUGAGACAGCCGAGCUGAAGAAGUUCUUCACCAUCAUCGAAAAGGUCAAAGACCAACCCGACCUUCUUGCUUCACCGGAAGAGCGCAUCAACCACAACCACAUGCUGAUCUAUGUCUAUGCCCGUGUCGUUCUUGAAGGCCUCAGGUGGGAUGAUCCUUUUGCCGACAGAGCUCAGCUGAGCGCAGAUGCAUUGAGGGCUCUCAGCUUCCUCAAGGUCACGAUCAAGGAAACCCCAGAGGUGCUUCUUGCUACUUCUGAACCAGGCUCUUUCCUUUUCCGGGGCAAUGAGCCUCUCUGGAUAUGGAUAUUCCCCAAGAUCCUCAAACUACUCGGGGCUGGCCCCUGUGCUGACUUGACAGCACGUAUUGAGAUCUUCUUCCAGGAAUUGUACUUGAUUUCGUGUCAGGUGGGCCUGUUGUGGUCUUUCAUACCGCAAUUCCUCGCAUACCUCAGACUCAACUUCAACGCCACAAUAAGCUACUUGACAGCCCUGAAAGUACCACUCACCAGUCGAGAUGUUGCGCUUCAGUUGCGAUUACCUCAAGACUCUUUCCUCGAGACAACAGUGGCAGCCGAUAUACAGCUCCUCCAACAGCAGUGUACCUAUACCAUACCUUUAGCCUCGCACGCUAUUCACCAUGCUUUGGGCCUAUUGUCCGUACUAUCGAUCCCUUUGCGUGUCUGGCAUCCGGGUUAUGGCAUGGUGUCACCCUUUCUGGAGCUUACCCCAUGGCUCCUAGAUGCUUACAUGAUUUUGCAUGAGACGCAGCAUCGAUGGCAGAAUAUCUUUCCCGGCUGCUCAUCGCGACUUAUGGAGCAUAUCGUUCACCUUCUAGGGAGAUUCCGAGAGGUUGGUAACGUUGAUGUCUCACUCAAAGAAAAGGCAUACACACUGCUAGUGUACCUGUGCGUGGAGGCAUUAGUCAGUGAGCCGGCAGUUCAUGUCGCUGAAGAUAACACUGGCUCAAGCCAGAGAUUUUUCUGUCUAGCGCUCGUCAAAUUGGCCGAGGGAUGCCUCUCCUUCAACACUGUCUCUCGACUAGUGAAGUCACAGCUAUUACUGGCCGUGGAAAAGUCGAACAUUCACGAUGACACAUCCGUAGUGGGUACAGAUAUACAGAAAUGCUUCGAACUUCUCCGGCAAGUAGCAUCUCAUCCCCUACCUGGGUCGAUAGAAAGUGUGGUGCAGUUAGAUCAGUAUCACGAUGAGGAGCUUCGUCAUGCUGUCAAGGCUCUACACAUCGAAACCAUCGAUGACUUUGGAAUGGAGCGACAGCCGAAACGUAGAAAAGUCAGUCAACCACGGACGAUGCCGGACGUAGUCAACCAUCUGUGGCGGCUUCUAGGAACAGAGCCCAAGAACAAUCUUACGGGACUCAAGGAUGCCAUGCGCUCCGGCUUCUCGCAUCUUGCCGAGCCUGAAACAUCUCUGGUCAUUCAAUACCUGGGACACGUGUGCUGCGCAGCCGACGAUACACUAUCCAUGACCGCCGAUGACGAUGACGAGUUUCCUACAUUCGACUGUCCCAGUUGUAGGACCUCGCCCAGUAGACACGAACCAUCGCUCUGCCUUGACGCAGCCGCGAAGAAGUCGGCCAUAGAAGCCUUUACCUACCUGUUACUGCUCCCGAGUUUCAUGGAGUCACGGAAGCCCCGUGUAACUGCGAUGGUCACGCUGAGGCGUAUGGCAAAACAUUGUGCUAAUGCCGACUUUCUCGACACCGAGGUCUCCGCCGCUGCUCAAUGGUGCUUGUCGUCUCUUCAAAGCUCUGUCAGGGAGUUACGCAUCGCUGCUGGGCGUACUCUCCCCAUUUUCCUUGCUCAGUUCAGCCCUCCAGGAACCGCAUCCGAUGUUAUUCAAAGAAAUAGGGUGAAUGCGGUGGCCAUACUACGCUCUCUCUCUGAGCAGAGCCAGCCUCACCUCACAGAAACAUGUAUUAUGGCGUGGUCUCACGUUGCGAGGGUCGUAUCUGAUGACCAGUUGGAGGUCGUCUUGGUCAAGCUUGUGGAAUAUCUGGGGCACAAGAGCAUCAUCGCUUCUGCUGCUGCGUUCUCCGAGAUUGUCAAGCUUGCUCGUUCUCGCUCCUUGACUCCUAGGCAGCUCCUGGGCCCGUUCUGGAGAUAUCUCGCAUUCUCUGCGACCAAAGACAUGUUACAUGAGCCCAAAUUGACACGACUGUUAGCUGAAAUGCUGGACAUGACCGUUCCACAGUUGCUCGUCUACAUUCAACCGCAUGCGCUUCCUUGGCUUGUGCUGAUGAAGAAGCGAGAUGUGAUUGAAAAGAUCGCCGAGGUUCGCAACGAAACUGAAUCGUGGCAGCCAUGUCUUGAUAUCGCCAAUCUGGGCCGUAUACUGGCUCUCUUGCUGGUGCAAGAUUCUCCAGAUAUACAACAGCAUGCAAUGUCCUUGAUGAGACAUGUUUCUCCGCAUUUUGAUGGCUUUGAGCUGGUUGAACUGCUUCGAAUCGAACCAUUAGCCACUGCCCUGGAGCUACUGAAAGCCGCGGGCGAUGUAGACGAAGCUCGUAAGCCUCAUGUAGGUUUCAAGAAGUGUACCAUUCGCAACGCUUUGUACCUCAUGGCAAGCAUGAUUAUAACAGCCAGCGGCGAGCCGAAGCAGAAGAAACAGCAUGCGGCUGGUGUGUUUCUGCAACAGCAUGCUUUGGGGUUAAUGGCACAGCUGACUGAAGUCAUCAAUGACACGUCCUUGGCUCGUUCCCCAAUCCAGGAACGGAGACGCUGCAUCAAAGCGAUGGAAGAGAUGGUCAGGAUGGGAAGGCACUACGUCUAUAUUGCUCGUCCACAAAUAUCAGCUUGCAUACUCGCGGCCAUUUCGCAUGAUGAACUUCGCAGCGCGGCUUUCUCAUGUUGGGCCGCUAUGCUUUUUUAUAUCGAAGAAGAGGAUGCCAAAGUCCCGGUUGAGACAACUUUCUACCUCAUCAGUCACUACUGGGCCAAGUUCGAUGAUGCUACGCAACAGCUAUCGCGGGAUUUGCUCCAGUUCUUGCUAGACAAACAACGCGACAUUAUCCAGCUCUUCAUCAGCAAGCUACCGUCCUUCAGUCAUAUUCAAAGUCUGGCCGAUUUUGAGGCGCAGCUAAGCCAGCUCCGGUCGCCGGUUGAUAGUCGCACGGCGUUCACCCUGCUAGCUGAGAGGAUAUGCCACGACAAUGCUGGUGUGGUACUGCAAGCGCUACGAGAACUCGUCUCGUACUUGCAAAGACAGCAAGAUUACUUACAAGCGUCUGCAGUUAGCGAGCAACCUGACUCGGUUGUUCCUACGCUCGCCCGGGCACUUUUGGACUGCGCGGCGAAGUACAAUGGGUUCCACGGCGACAUCAGCGACUUGUGCACCCAAUGCAUUGGCUUGGUGGGCUGCUUGGAUCCAAACCGUGUAGAAGCUGUCCGAGCCGAGAAGCAUUUCGUUAUCAAGAACAACUUCGAAGAUUCCGGCGAAACAACAGAGUUUGUGCUGUUCCUGCUGGAGCAUGUACUGGUCAAGUCGUUUGUUUCCGCAACUGACACUAAACUUCAGGGGUUUCUGUCGUAUGCCAUGCAAGAACUCCUUGAAAGAUGUGAUAUCACAGUGGCUGUCACACUGGGGGGUUUGCGGGAAGCUGGCCCCAUCUAUCGGAAGUUCGUGUCGUUACCUGACAGCACCCGAGAGGUUCUUGCGCCUUUCAUAAAUUCAAAAUACCGAAUCGCUCCUAUGGCCCAUCAACAAGUCGAGUACCCCAUCUUCCGACCGGGGAAGGCAUACGGCAAUUGGAUGCGAAACCUGACGCUCGACUGUCUCCGCAGACCGCAGGUUCCGUUUGCUGAACUCAUCUUCGAACCCCUAGGCCGAUUGAUUCGAGUCAAGGACUUAACAAUCGCAGAGUUUCUCUUCCCGUACAUUCUCCUUCACGUUAUUGUUGGCGAAGUAAUAUCGGAACAGGACCGCGCAAAAGUGCUCUGCGAGCUACUCAACGUACUCCAGUAUGAGCUGCCAAGCAAUGCCACAUACACUGAAAGAGAAGACAAGAAGCUGUAUUGUGAGGCUAUUUUUCGGUUUCUAGACUAUGCCAUGCGGUGGGUGCAACUGAAACGAGGUCAACCCAACGCCAGCCCUCGAGAUGUCGCUGCGGUGAAGAAGGUAUCAGAUAUUUUGGACUCGUUCCCCCCUGAGUUGGUAUCAGAACGCGCAGUGGACUGCCAGUCAUACUCUCGAGCGCUAUUUCAUCUAGAACAACACAUUCGCCAAGUAGACGAAGACAAGACCGGCCUUGAUGAUAGAGAGCGUCUAUUGCAAAGACUUCAAGACAUAUACACGCAGAUUGACGAACCUGACGGUCUCGAGGGCAUAUCAGCACACCUGCACGUGCUCGACAUAAACCAGCAAGUUCUCAGUCAUCGAAAGGCCGGGCGGUGGGCAGCUGCUCAGACCUGGUAUGAGAUCAAACUGGCCGAGGAUCCCGACAAUGUCGAUGUCCAGAUUGACCUCCUGACAUGUCUCAAAGAGUCUGGUCAGCACGACGUACUUCUCAACUAUGUCGAAGGCAUUGAAAAGCACACCGCUGUCGCGACCAUAAAUCGGAUAGUACCGUUCGCUGUGGAGGCUGCCUGGGCGACUGGCAGAUGGCAGACCAUGGAAAAAUUUACCGGCAAGUAUCAAGGGGAUUACACCGAGAAUUUCAACGUGACGAUUGCCAAGUCCCUCCUGUAUCUCCAGAAACGCAUGACAACAAGAUUCAUGCAAGAGAUGAAGAUCAUGAGGGACAGAGUUGGCUCUUCUAUGACGCAUUCGGCGACUGCAUCACUACAAGCCUGCCACGAGCCAAUGUUGAGAUCUCAUGUCUUGACUGACCUUGAACUAGUCGCCGGUAUGAACAGCGACGGGACUCAACACCCUCAGGAGGUACUCAAAUCUCUGACCAGGCGGCUCGAAGUGAUGGGAUCUUACGUCAACGAUAAGCAAUACGUACUAGGCAUCCGUCGAGCGGCCAUGGAGUUGAUGCGACCGCGUUUUGGUGACAUGGACAUCUCGGCUCUCUGGCUGUCAAGCGCGCGGCUCGCUCGGAAGGCCAAUGCCAUGCAUCAGUCCUUCAAUGCCGUUCUUCAUGCCUCACAGCUCGGUGAUGAUUCAGCGACCAUAGAGAAUGCCCGUCUACUCUGGAAAGAGGGACACAACCGGAAGGCGAUACAGACCCUUCAGGGUGCGAUUGCGAGCAAAAUCUUCGUCAACCGAAGUUUCAGUGACAAUGACUUGUCCGAGAGGAACAUUGGAUCACAGCAGAAUUUGCUGACCGCCCGUGCGCAAUUACUGCUCGCAAAAUGGCUGGACAACGCGGGCCAAACACAUGCCAUGGCUUUGAGAGAACAGUACAGACAGGUCCCCACAAACCACGGCACAUGGGAGAAAGGGCACUACUACCUCGGGCGACAUCACAAGAAGGUGCUCGAGUCCGAAAGAACGCUGAAGCCAGAUGAUCAGAGCGAUGAGUAUCUCACCGGUGAGACGGCCAAGCUCGUGGUCGAAAACUACCUCAGAUCUCUGAAUUAUGGUACCAAGUACCUAUAUCAAACACUGCCUCGCAUUCUUACCCUUUGGCUUGAGCUUGGAGCCCAGAUUGACAAGGCGCCGGAAGGCAAAGUUUCUCUUUCUCGAGAACUUCAUCACCGCCGGAAGACGCAGCUCGGGUUGCUUCAUAAAUAUCUCCACAAACACGUGCAGCGACUGCCUGCAUACAUAUUCUAUACCACACUUCCCCAACUAGUCGCGCGUAUUGCCCAUCCGAACGCCGAGGUAUUAGUCCUGUUGGAGGAAAUGAUUAUUAGGGUCGUGGAGGCGCACCCCAGACAAUCUAUCUGGAGCUUGUUCGGAAUCAUGACUUCCAGGCAGGCUACGUCCGAGCGUAGAGCACGAGGGCAACAGAUUUUGUUGAAACUCAGGGAACGGGCUAAAAAGACGGACGGCAGCACCUGGGAUAUCAACACGUUGCUCCGGAUGGGCGAGAAACUGGCAACCCAACUCCUCCUGGCCUGUAACAACGGAGAUUUCCAGAGCAAUCGAACGACAGUCGCGAGCAUCACCCGAGAUCUAAACUUCAACCACAAGUGUACGCCUUGUCCACUUGUAGUCCCGAUCGAGGCCUGCCUUACCGCAACCCUACCCACCUUGACCGACAAUCUGAGAAAGCACAAGGCCUUCUCCCGCGAUGUCAUUCAGAUCCACUCAUUUUUGGAUGAGGUCCUGGUCCUUGGCUCGUUGGCGAAGCCUCGAAGACUCACAGCUCGCGGCACGAACGGGGUCAACUACAUGCUUCUGAUCAAGCCAAAGGACGACCUACGGACGGACCAGCGUCUUAUGGAAUUCAACAGCAUGAUCAAUCGAUCGUUGAAACGAGAUGCUGAAUCCAGCAGGCGACAGUUGUAUAUCCGCACCUACGCAGUGACGCCGCUCAACGAGGAGUGCGGCAUCAUCGAGUGGGUAGACGGCCUGAAAACGCUGCGCGAUAUACUGCUCAACUUCUACCGUUCGCGCGGCAUAACCCCUAACUAUGGCAGCCUGCAGCAGAUGAUGAAGGAUGCGGUGACGAGUGACAAGAAUACCAGUAUUUUCUCGGAAGAUGUGCUUGGCAUGUUCCCGCCUGUACUCCCGAACUGGUUCAUUUCACAGUUCCCCAACCCAUCUGCCUGGUUUGGGGCAAGGCUCAGAUACACCAGAUCAUGCGCUGUCAUGUCGAUGGUUGGUACCAUCCUGGGACUGGGGGAUCGUCACGGUGAGAAUGUGCUUCUCGAAGAAGGCAAUGGUGGGGUCUUCCACGUCGACUUCAACUGUCUUUUUGACAAGGGCCUCACGUUCGCACAGCCUGAAAGGGUGCCCUUUCGCCUAACCCACAACAUGGUGGCUGCAAUGGGUAUCUACGGAUACGAAGGGCCGUUCAGGAAAUGCUCCGAGCUGACACUGAGCAUUCUGAGACAGCAGGAGGAGACGUUGAUGACGAUUCUGGAGGCGUUCAUAUACGACCCCACGCUGGACCUGCAGAAGGACAAGCGCAGGAAGAACGAGGCUGUUAGGCUCAAUCCUCAGAGCGUGGUGGACAGUAUCAAGAGGAAGGUUAGGGGUUUGCUGCCCGACGAAAGCAUACCCCUGGGUGUGGAAGGGCAGGUGGAUGAACUCAUCAAGCAGGCUGUCAACCCCAAGAACCUCUCGAGCAUGUACAUCGGGUGGUGUCCGUUCCUGUGA